AUGUAUCAUUACUCCAGUCCACCGCCCCGGUGGUCUGCCUACGACUACACGACCUCGCCGCCGACCUCUCCUCAUUACUCCUACUACGCCUCCCAGUAUGCCGCUCCGUCGCCGCGACCCACCCCGAAACGACACUCCCGCAAGGCCAGCUACGCGAGCCCGCGAGAGGCGAGUGGAUGGUAUUCGGCGUACGCAAACUAUCACGAUGCGAUGCCCGAAUAUGCGUCACCGCGCAAGCACGAUCAUGUAAGUGCGUUUUUUGGUGACAAAAAGAAGAAGGCGAGGAAGAAGGUGCGGCGUCGCUUCUCGAUGCCGGCCAAUCUUCCGCCCUACGAUGGCUUUGGUUGGGGCUACGACUAUGUCCGUCCGUCGCGUUCGCAGAAACGAUCCGUCUUUGUAGAUGUGGUCGACGAUGCAGACGAUGAGCCGCGAUACGUCUACCGCGAGCCGAAGCAGCGCACCGCCUUCAGCCAGCAUCAUCAUGAAGAACGAUAUUCUUAUAGGCCGACCACUGAUCAUUAUUUUUGCAAUCAGGUCCCCGUCCACGAUGAUGCUGCUGACUCCCCCAAGCGCUCCCGGGCGCGCCGUGCUUCUACCUCGACCCGCACCCCUCCCAAGCCGAAGAUGUCUGCGCCCCCAAAAUCGCCCCGCAAAGCCACCGAAGAAGAUGCAAGGAAGGCCGGCAUCCCCGCAGGCUACUCGAUAAAGAACUGGGAUCCGACAGAAGCACCCAUCAUUCUGCUCGGUAGUGUGUUCGACGCCAAUUCUCUCGGCAAGUGGAUUUACGACUGGACCGUCUACUAUCAUGGUGCCUCGACCCCGAUGGCAGAUGUAGCGGGUGAACUGUGGCUGUUAUUGAUCAAACUGGCCGGCAAGGUGAAGCGGGCGGACGAGUGUCUGUCCCGCGUUCAACGGCCCGAGGCGCGGGAGAUGCUGACCGACUUUCUCGACAGCGGCGACCGUUUGUGGAUGCGGUUUAAAGCCCUGCUGAAGGAAUGUGAGCAUUACAUGUGGAAGGCAGCGAAACGCGAGAGUGGUGGCAAGGGCCCCAUCUCGAUGGGACGCAGCGCCGGCUGCGAGUUUGUCGAGUCGAUCUUUGGCCGUGACCGCAAACUGCAAGACACGGAGAAAUUGAUGAACAGCAUCCGACUGUGGGACAUGCGGUUCGACGCCAACUGCGAGGCGAUUCUGCGGCCGUCGCGGCGGCAGUCGACUGCAUGA